AUGACGGAAAGAUCCCAUAAGAGACAGAGAGUUGCUGUCGACGACUCCCAAGCAGAAAAGGUUGCUGAGGCAGCGGAGCAAUCACUUCAUGAUCACCCACACCCACAAGACAACCAUGAAUUGAUUCAUCACGAUAAUGGUGAAUUCAAGGGACUUGUACGUCAUCAAACAACAGCUGAGGAUGCAAUCAAACUCGAAGAUGGCCCAGUGAAUCCAUUCACAGGGGAACAGUUUUCUGACUCCUAUUUCAAAAUCCUCAAGUUACGUCGUGACUUACCAGUUCAUGCACAAAGACAAGAGUUUCUCAAGAUUUUUCACUCAACUCAGAUUAUGGUGUUUGUUGGUGAAACUGGGUCCGGAAAGACAACUCAGAUCCCUCAGUUUGUUCUUUACGACGAAAUGCCACAUUUAACUGGGAAACAAGUUGCUUGUACCCAACCAAGAAGAGUGGCGGCAAUGUCCGUAGCCCUGCGAGUGGCUGAUGAAAUGGAUGUAAGAUUAGGAGACGAAGUUGGGUAUAGCAUCCGUUUUGAAAAUAAAACCAGCUCCAAAACCAUUUUGAAAUACAUGACUGAUGGUAUGUUGUUGAGGGAGGCGAUGGAGGAUCACAAUUUGAGUCGUUAUUCAUGCAUCAUCCUUGAUGAAGCGCAUGAAAGAACAUUAGCUACUGAUAUCCUCAUGGGAUUGCUCAAACAAGUUAGUUUAAGAAGACCAGAUUUGAAAUUGAUCAUCAUGUCGGCAACAUUGGAUGCAGAGAAAUUUCAAAAUUAUUUCCAUGAUGCACCAUUGUUGGCAGUUGCUGGGAGAACCCACCCAGUGGAGAUUUACUACACCCCUGAAUUUCAACAAGAUUAUCUUGAUGCGGCAAUACGUACUGUGUUGCAGAUACACGCCACUGAAGAUGAAGGAGAUGUAUUGUUGUUUCUCACUGGUGAGGAAGAGAUUGAAGAUGCGUGUCGAAAAAUUCAAUUGGAAGGUGAUCAAUUGAUCAGAGAACAAGGGUGUGGUCCAUUGAAGGUGUAUCCAUUGUAUGGUUCGUUGCCACCAAAUCAGCAACAACGUAUCUUUGAGCCAGCUCCGGAAAACGUUGGUGGUGGCCGCCCAGGGAGAAAAAUCAUUAUAUCCACCAAUAUUGCUGAAACUUCGUUAACCAUUGAUGGGAUUGUUUAUGUUGUUGACCCAGGGUUUUCCAAGCAAAAAGUGUACAAUCCAAGGGUGAGAGUAGAGUCAUUGUUGGUGUCACCAAUCUCCAAAGCCAGUGCACAACAAAGAGCUGGUAGAGCUGGUCGUACAAGACCUGGUAAAUGUUUCAGACUAUACACGGAGGAGGCAUUCAAGAAAGAAUUGAUUGAGCAAUCGUACCCCGAAAUUCUACGCUCCAAUUUAUCAUCAACUGUGUUAGAGUUGAAAAAGCUAGGCAUUGAUGAUUUGGUUCACUUUGAUUUUAUGGAUCCACCAGCUCCUGAAACCAUGAUGCGUGCAUUGGAAGAGCUAAACUACCUACAAUGCCUCUCAGAUGAAGGAGAGCUAACCGCAUUGGGUAGACUUGCUUCCAAUUUCCCUCUUGACCCCAUGCUUGCAGUGAUGUUGAUUGGAUCACCAGCUUAUAAAUGUUCGGAAGAGAUAUUAACCAUUGUUGCCAUGUUGAGUGUGCCCAAUGUAUUUGUACGUCCACAAUCAGCGCGUCAACGAGCCGAUGAAGCGAAAAUGUCGUUUGCCCAACCCGAUGGUGAUCAUCUAACUUUGAUAAACGUGUAUGAAGAGUUUAUCCAACAGGAGGAAGCCCACAGAUGGUGUCGUGACAAUUUCCUUAGCUAUAGAUCCCUCGUGUCUGCUCGUAAUGUAAGGUCGCAGCUACUGAGAAUGAUGGAGAGGUACGAUUUGCAAUUGGUGUCACAAUAUGGUGAAAUUGGCGAGUUCCAGUACUGGCAAGACAUCAAAAAAGCUCUUGUUGGUGGGUUUUUUAUGCAAGUGGCUAAAAGAAGAAGUGGAGGAGGAUCCAAAGGAUAUCUCACUGUCAAAGACAAUCAAGAUGUCAUGAUCCACCCCAGUACAGUUGUGACCAACCCCGGUGAAUGGGUUAUCUACAAUGAGUUUGUCUUGACAAGCAAAAACUAUAUCAGAACCAUCACUUCAGUGCAACCAGAAUGGUUGAUUGAAAUUGCACCAAAAUAUUAUAAUUUGGAUCAUUUUGUGAAGGGGGAUGUUCGAUUGAGCUUGGAGAGGGUGCAGAAACAGAGGGGGAAGUAG